GGGCUUCAGCUCCAGACUGCGUCAGACUGCUGAAGCUUGAGUCAUGUCACUUCAUUCUGCCAUGGUGGUGGCCCUCGUGCUGUGCCUGGGAUGGACAAUUAAUACUCAGCAAGAAUCUCUGCUGAGUCCUUCCAUUUCGGCUGAUCCAGGCCUUGAGAUUUCCCAAGGACAUUCUGCAAAGUUUGUGUGCACAAGCCCUGUAGAAUAUGAUACAUUCCGCCUGGAGAAGGGAAGCACAAAAAUAAAGGAUAAGAAGAAUGAUUUGCCUUCUCAAAAACAGGCUAUAUUCCAUCUUGGCCCAGUAAAUGAAGACACUGCUGGAUCUUAUCAGUGUCUCUAUGAAAAAGAAUCUAAGUGGUCCCAACGCAGUAAGACUCUGGAGCUGAAAGUGACCAGUGAAGAUGUCACCCACACUUCUGACCCAGUCCCAGGAGUGGUCUCAGACACAUCCUGGCUGAAGACAAACAUCAUUUAUGUUCUCAUUGGGGUUGCUGUGGUCUUCCUCCUUUGUCUUCUCCUCUUCCUUCUCUUCUGCUUCCACAGCCACCGUCAGAAAAAGCAAGGGCUCCCAAACAGCAAGAGCCAGGAGCACAGUCUGCAAAAGAGGCUCAGCCUAGUUACUAAUGGCCUGGAGAGCACACCAGACAUAGUCACAGAUGACUUGCUUCCUGAGGACAAAAGAACAGAAACCUUGAUCCCUGAUGCAGGAGGUCUUCAGGAGGUGACAUAUGCCCAGCUGGACCAUCAUGCCCUCACACAGAGGACAGUUGGAGAUGUGACCCCACGGAGCACAGAAACCAUGACUGAGUCCAGCACAUAUGCAGCCAUCAUCAGACGCUGAGCCUGGGCACACCUGGAGACACACAUAGUCACUAUUGGAAAAACCCAAAGCAGCCAUUAAAAGGUUCCUUUUGGAAUCAACCUGGUGUGGAAAGCUAGCCAACCAGUCCUGCUUGAGGCAGAAACUGGACCCUAGAAACCCCUGUUCCCCAUCUAGGAGCUGUAUUGUGUAGGUGGUAGUAUCAGUCCUUGGAAAAGACUGUGUUGCAGUAAGCUUCAAAGCCCCUUUAUAAUCACCUAGUUGUUUUCAGAGACACAGUUAGAGCCCCUUACCUGUUUCUUCAGACUCUUCCAUAGUCCAGAUUAUUUAAUGAACAGCAUGAUUUCUCUCCUUCUACACCCCCAUUUUGCAAUGUGCCCAGUGAACUCUAAAGGCUUCCUUGGAUCCCCUGCUGGCUCUGGCUGGAUUGUACUCAUGCAGCUGAGAGCUAAGAUGCUUCUCUGCAUCAGGCUUCAUGGUAUGCAUCAUGGGAAGUUUUGAAGAUGGAACAUCAAGGGUGCAUGAUGGGUAUUUCUGAAGAUGGAACAUCUACAAUCUGUGCUGGUCUUGAACACACAGCCCCUGAGAACCAAAAUUCUGCCUUUAUUGGUUUCAUAAAUGAGGGGAGAAAUGGGGGCUACAACGGAUGCUUAUGAUGUCUUUCUUGAUUAAAAUAUAUGUAUAGUUGA